CAAGAUUCGGCUCCAAGAGCAGCCCUAAGCUCGGGAGACGCAAAACUCUUGGAACAUAUUAUUGUUUUUCCGGAUCGAACGGCCAUGCUUUUGCGGCUGCUGCUGUUGCUUCCAUGGGCAGCAUGCGAAGUGAAGAUCCCUACAGUGGAAAUCGCCAAGGGCGUUCAAAUGCCUGUGAUGUCCAUAGGCAUUGGUGGGCUGGAACGAUCGAAUGCCUCCGAAAUCGUGGCCAACUGGAUCAAUCAAGGUGGGCGUGGCAUCGACACAGCCUUGAUCUACCAAGAUCAACAAGUUGUUCCAGAGGAGCUGGCGAAGGCAGGCAUUGAUCGCAAGGACGUCUUCAUUACCACCAAGAUUCCAAGCUGCAUCGUGCCCAGUGUGAAAUUUAGCAUCGAAUCUGAUCUGAAGUUGUUGAAAACGGACUACAUCGACCUUUUGCUGAUCCACGACCCCAUCGGCGACUGCCCCAAGGCCUGGUCCAUCCUCGAAGACUACCACCGCCAGGGCGUGCUGCGAGCCAUUGGCAUUAGCAACUUCAAUGCGUCGCAAGUGGAUACCUUGAUGAAGACGGCCAAAGUCACCCCAGCUGUGAAUCAGAUUGAGUUGAACGUACUGGAGUACGAUGCGGAGGCGCUGGAGCGCUCUAAGCAGCUGAACAUCACAGUCGAGGCCUACUCACCAGUUGGUCGCAGUGGGCAUUCAGGUGAUAUCCGUGACAACCAAGUGAUCAAGUCCAUUGCUGCGAAACACAGUGUCAGCACCUACCAAGUUGCUUUGAAGUGGAUCCUGCAACAUGACAACGUCAUCACCUUCCAGUCCAGUUCUGCGGAACAUCAGGCGCAGGAUGCUGAUGUCUUCAGAUUCCAGCUGACCGAUGAGGACAUGAAAGCCUUGGAUCAGCUACAUGGAAAUUCCACGGGAGGCGUGAGGCCCAUCUUGGUGUGACGAACGCGCUGGGAGACCAACCAGCAAGGCGUGUCACCCAGCAGCCGGGCGCUGCGCGGCACUGCGCGGCGCGCGGCGCUGCGCACCACGCAGCGCCAUGUCCGAGACAUGAAGAGAGAGACUCCCUGAUGCCGCUUGGGUGGAGGGACAGAAAGCAAGCGCUUUAAAUGGUGAAGUUGAAGGUCAAAGGUAAUCAAUUAAGACGCUAAGGUUUGAGCACUCUAUAGAUGUAUAUCUUAGAUUAUCUUAGGAUGUGAUAUUGAAUGAUAUUGAUAUAUCUGGCGUAUACACACGACAAGAGAUGAGAUUGGAGAGUCGAUAUCAACCGGCCGUUGGCAAUAGAAAGGGAAACAGAUAUAGACACAUGCUGCCACUUGGGAUUCUUGGAAUGUCGUCCCAUUCCGCCCCGUGAUGUUUGUGCGUUGGCGCAAUGGGCAAGACGUUUUGCAUUUUGCCGGAACAAGAAGCGUAGGAGCCGCCAUCAGCCUGACAUCAGCCUGACCACUUGUUUUCUCUCCGGAUUUUAAGUGUGUGC